AGGGGUUGGACAUUACCUCACUCUGAAUGCUUUCUGGGGGGAGAAACGAGCGAGUAAUUAGCUGAUUAGAGGCCCGUCAGAGCAGCUCAGCCUGCAGCCAAUCAGCGCACAGCGGCCUGCAGGGGUGGAGGAGGAUAGCUGAUGGAGUCAGGCUACCUCUGGAAAGUAAGCGUUAAACAUCAGGACGGAUGAAAUGAUGCAGACUGACAUCUGGAGGAGCCAUAGCCUAUAAGGAAUCAGGUGGAGGGAUGCACGUGCAAACUCCAGUGUUAGUUUAAAAAAGAUACUAUAAGGACCUAAGUCGUUAGGGUAGGAAUUGGUAAUGCAUUAAUCCGUACUUUUGAGCAUAUUGGUGAUUUUUUAUAGAUAGAUAAGAACGUAUGAGUUGGUGAGUGAAGAGGCUCCACUGUCCGCGCGUUGACGCACGGUACAGGUGCGCACCAGCCAAUCUCGACGUGUUGGUGUUUCUGAAGACUCUGCAUUCCUCCUGCGUGAAUCCAUGAUGGAAAAAUCAAGAAACUUCAGAAUUGACGCCCUGCUUGCUGAUAAGACUAACCGUGGCAGCAGAGACCUCUCCCCGGGUCUGAGCAGCGACAGUCCCGCGGGCAGCCCGGUCUCCUGCCGUCGUGCUGACACCCCGUCUCCGCGGGCCGCCGUGCAACUGCAGACCGGACUAAUCCCCAAACCCGGUGUGCUAAAUCUCCCGCAUCCAGGACUCGCUGCAAUCCCCGGCAUGUAUCCUGCACCUAUGUACCCUCUUUCCGCGCUGGGUGGGCAGCAUCCCGCGUUCGCAUACACCGGGUUCACUCAGUUUACGCAAACCUACCCGGAGCACCUGAAGGCAGCGGCCAUGGCGGGAUAUCUGCCGCUGGAGCACUGGAUUCGCGCCGGGAUCACGAUGCCACGACUGCCAGAUUACAGCUCGGGCCCUCAGUCUGGUCUGUUGGGGAAGUGCCGGAGGCCCCGCACCGCCUUCACCAGUCAGCAGCUGCUGGAGCUGGAGAACCAGUUCAAGCUUAACAAGUACCUGUCCAGACCCAAACGCUUCGAGGUGGCCACCUCACUCAUGCUGACUGAGACACAGGUAAAGAUCUGGUUCCAGAAUCGGAGGAUGAAAUGGAAACGCAGCCGGAAGGCGAAGGAGCAGGCCUCUGCCUCGGGCCAGUCUGAGACUCAGAAACUACGCAGCGGAGGAAAAACAACCACAGACAAAUCUGAUGAUAGUGGACAGGCUGUGAAUCCAGACGAUGCAGGGGAAGAGCUUGAUCUGGAGGAUGGAGACGAAGAGGAUGAUGAGGAAGAGGAGGCAGACGAGGAGGAAGCUCAGAACGGUUUCCCUCUUUCUUUGGGUAACAGAGUUGGGAUGCCACGAUCCACGGACUUCCUGCAGCGCAGCACAGAUGUUGGCUACAGCCCCAACAGCCCUUUUUCUGAUGACGAGCUGGAGGGGGUGCAGGUAGGAGGAGGUGACAGGAAGAUCGGGGCUGGACUGUGAAAAGACACCCAGGAAACACUGAUUUGAAUUGAAGAGACUUUUCAACGGGACAUGUCCGUGUUUGUGGUCUCUAGAAAAGACUGAACUUUGUCUGGGCUGCUCUCUGAAUGUUUUUUUGUUCAAUACAACAAAGACAAUUUAAAGAAAUUACAAUUAUUGAUGCAGCUUCCAAACCAAUACAUAGACUGUAUAAACUAUCUGUGAAUAAAUCAUCUCUAAGUACUGUACAUUUUUUGUAGCAUGCUGAAAAGGGUCACUAUUUCCAUCUAAAUUAAGCUGUUGUUGUUUACAUUGACCUUGCUCAUCUUCAUAAAGCUCUAGAGCUCUAUAUCCAGUAAAGCCACACGCUGAAUGGAAGAUAAGUGAACAACUGUGCGUUCAGACGUUACGAGACUGUAGAGCAGGUUCCACUGCGUCAUGAAGACAAAAACAGCAGACUGAACUGUGUGGCGUCGUGACUGAAUGAUCAGCUGCUUCUCUGUUUGCUACUGUUCAGAACAAUCACCUGUUUUACGGUCAUGCUUACUAUGUGAAUAUUGAUGUUUUUUUUUUUUUAUUUGUUCCUGAUGAUGUUUAUGUAUUUGUUCGUGUCACUUACAUUUAAUGAGUUUAAUUUAUUUGAAUGAUUGCAAAGAGGAAUCAUGUGUAUUUAUCUGAAACGUGUCUGUGGUGGAACUGUGAAAUAAAAAAAAAGAGCUGAAAAAAAGA